AUGGAGGAAAACCCGCGCAGACGAAGCAGUGUCGCUGGACAGGCGACAACACCAUCUUCCUUGCGACACUGUUCAUAUCCCUCGUCAGCGACAACAGCUCAGAGCCAAAGCGGAAGCAAGUCUCUAAGACACAGCUCGAAGUCGAAAAAGAGAUCGGAACCCCUUAGGCCUCCUGCGCUCGCCCGAGUCAAGGGCAGAAUCGACAUGGAGACCCCAACACGAAUGGGCAGUGACAUGUCGUGGCUCCAGGAUGCCUCCCCGAUUACGAGGAACCCUCGUACACCGCAAAGAUCGAGAUCCCAAACACCCGAACCGAACACGUCGUCACUCGUCAACCCGUCCUCAGCCCUUUUACAAGACCUGUUGAAGGAACAGCGUGCGACUAGAGGCGCUCGCCCAGGUGGACUUGAGGAGCUGGAAGAUAGCCCUCAACGUACCCCGGAAUGGUGUCACUCUCAAUCCCGAUCCCAUUCCCAGGAAGAGCCGGGCUCGGAAAAGCAGCCAAACACAAAGAUGUCAUCAUCUGGGAGUGUUAGACAGCCGCGGGAGAUGGGGGUACGGGAAACAGACCAGUACAUCUCCAAACUUAGCAAACAAAACUUCGACCUCAAACUAGAGAUCUUUCAUCGGGUGCAACAAGUCUCUACACUUGAGAAGAAAGUGGAGAGAAUGCAAGAACUGGAGGAUGAGCUGGAGCGCAUGCGGGGGCUGGAAGAGGAGGUGCAGGAGCUUAGAGCAGCCGAAGAGGACAACCAAAGACUACGAGAAUCGAACGAGCAACUGCGACAAGAGAUCGAUAAGCGAGACCAAGCCGUUACCGAAGCCGUUGAGCUAAUAUGCCAGCUUGAGGCCAGAGUGGACGAACUCGAGACUGGGACGGGCUCGACAAGGCCUUCUACUGCGCGGCCCUAUAUUGACGACGGUUCCGAUGUUGCUACCCCCAGGAAUCUUUCGACUCUCGACAUUCCGGAGAGGACGUCCUCAAGACGAAGCGCUAGGUUUGCCGAACGCCGCCGGGUAUCAUCGGGGUCCCGCCAUCUGCAACGGGCGCCAUCUUUCCUGCUUGAGGAGAGCAAGAGCACAGCUGCUCUCCGAAGUCUUUACAUAGAAGCGGAUAUUGAAGAGGAUGAGAAACCCGUGCUGGAGCCGACAAAGAUAACCAAGUCUGAAAGUAUGAACUCUAUGGCUGAAACGGAAACGACUGAAACUAUCGAGCCAGAGUCACCUAGACUUAGCGCUCUAAGCGAGUGUAGCGAGCUGAAUAUUGAUGACACGCCGAUUACAGAAGAUGGGUUCGACACGAUUGACAUUCCAGUGCGACAGAAGGAGACCGGCGGCCUGACCCUGGGCCUUUCUUCCACAACACUGGGCAGCUCCGAUCGAGAUCUGGUCCGUAUUGAUCAAUGGUAUACAGCGGAGGCAGACGAUGCCGGCAAGCCAGACAACUCUAGCCGAAAAGCCAGACGUCUAUCAGAUAUCUUCAAGGAGCCCGAAACCUCAAGUCCCAGCAGCUCGUUCAACAGCUCAAGUCACAAGUCGAGGAUGGAAAGUAUCUUUGGGGGCUCACGAAUGCCCCCAACUCCAGACACAAUGACUACAGCCUACGCAGGGCUGGCAAACCGCUCUUCCAACAGCACUAUUGCAGACAAGAGUCAAUCUGACUUGCGCCGAUGCCUUACACGAGCACGCUCUGCCGACGAACUCACAGCUAGGCGGAGUUCCAUAAACAGCGAGCCUAGACAAAGCAUGGAUACCAACAUGAGCGAAGUCACAUUUCCCCGAGUCAGUUUGGACGAAAGGGACGAAGACCCUGCAAUCUUCCCCUUGAACAGCAUCCAAUCCCGCUUCGGGUACUCAGCUAACCAAGGACUCUUCCACGGCGACUUCGAAAGAGUACUAGCGAGAAUGGACAAGGACUACUACUCCCCGUCCAAACGGACCACGCGCAACAGAUCCGCCAGUCGCGGAUCCUCACCACCCUCCAUGACCGCCGAAGACUGGAUUGAGGCGGCCCGUCCCGGGACCCGGAACCGUACGGGCCCUCUCCCAGAAAACUCUGGGCUUGUUGGUGCACGGGCGCCAAGCCAGUCCUCGUUCCUGGGCCGAAGGCAUAGCAUCGAUUCCGCCGUCCGUGAACCGGACCUACCCAUCAUUCAAACCCUAAACCCGCGCUCUCUAGAAAAUGAUGCGCCGACACCCCCAACAACAGACCCAGACCCAGAGCGCCGCCGGAGAAUCAGCCUCCUCCCACCUUUCUUCAGUCGCUCCGGCACUGCGCGCCGACUCCAGCCACCCGUGAUGUCUGACCCCGUCGACUCGGACGGGGGCGCACCCUCCCCCGUUAUUCGUAAGACAAGAAAUCAGACACCAUCAUCAAAGGUCCCCCGCCCAUUAUCCGGACACGGCCUCGACUUUAGCACAUCAAUGGGACCAACAUAUGCAGAAGACAGCAUAUCCCGUUCCUUCACAGAGGCCAACCUCUUCAGCAGCUCUAUGAACUCCUCGGCAACAGCUCGACCUUCUACUUCGAACGGCAAGGACCAGCACAAACGCCGUGGAUCCCUGGGUAUAUUCGGCUGGAUGAAGGGCGCCAGUGUUGGCCUGGGGUCGCUCAAGAGGUCGGAAACAACCAACUUCACAAAUACUCCUACUUCGCGUCCCGAGAGUCCUGGCACGCCAACGACCACCUCUGCAUCUGCUGUCACAACAGUCCGUGCCUCCUCGCGCUUAGCAACGCACGAUAAUGUUACCCUAGCUCCUGACACGAAGUCUGCCGAGCCAGUCGCAGACGAGUUCGCUACCAGGACCAGACACCCAACUCGGACAGAAGAGCCAGCCGACGAACAGGGACGGCGUCCGCGGUACAUGGAGCGACGGUCCCGUCGACCAUGA